CCUCCCUCCGUCGUCAUCGCCACCAUCAUCAUCAUCAUCUUCCUCCUCGUUCGAGCUCGCCACCACCACCACCUCCUCCUCCUCCUCCUCCUCCUCCUCCUCCUUAUUUAUGGACAAAGCCGGAUGGGGCCUCACCCUCGACUCCUCCUCCCCUGACCCCUCCUCCUUCUUCGCCUCCGCCAAGAAGCCAUCCGGCUUCCUCAAGCUCCGCCGCGACCCCCCGCUCCCCGCCGAACCCCCCGGCCCCGCCGCCGCCGCCGCCAGGAUGUUCCCCGGCAUCGACUUCUCCGCCAGCCUCGGCCGCCGGGACGGCCGCCACGCCUCCCACCUGUCGUCGUCGUCGUCGUCUUCGGCGGCGGCGGCGGCGGCGGCGGGGGCGGACGAGCCCCGGGUCGUCGUCGGCGAGGUCGACUUCUUCUCCGAUAGCAAGAGCAGGUCGUCUCACCUUACCGCCGCCGCCGCCGCCGGCGACGAGGCCAACGUCGCCAGCGUGAGCGUCAAGAAGGAGAGCUCUGCUGCAGCCGACGCCAUCGGCACGAGGUCCGAGUUGAACGUGAAUACGGGUCUGCGCCUCCUCACUGCUAAUACCGGGAGUGACCAGUCAACGGUGGACGACGGAUUCUCAUCGGAUAUCGAGGACAAAAGAGCCAAGAAUGAGCUGGCGAACCUGCAAGUGGAGCUGCACAGGAUGAAUGCGGAGAACCAGAGGUUGAGGGAGAUGCUUGGCCAAGUCUCGAGCAACUACAGUGCAUUGCAGUUGCACCUCUCUUCACUGCUCCACGAGCAGCAGCAGCAGCAGCAACAGCACCUGAACAAUGGAGCUGAGCUCCCACAAGAUCGUGAGGGCAUGAUCAAGAAGAAUCAAACCGUGGUCCCGAGGCAGUUUCUUGAUCUCGGCCCGGUAUCGGCCACGGCCGAGGCCGACGAGAUCUCGAACUCUUCGUCGGAAGAGAGGACGAGGGAUGGUUCGAGGUCGCCGCUGGCGAACAUGGAAGCCGCAUCGUCGGCUCAUAACAACAAAGUGGACCAAGAUAGCUCCAGUGCUAGAGAUGGCAACAAGAGAGGUAUUAGGAAUGAGAGUCCUGACGACUCUGAAACUCAAGGUUGGGCUGCCAACAAGGCACCCAAGUUGGAGGCGACGAGGACGAGCAUCGAGCAAUCCGCAGAAGCCACGAUGAGGAAGGCCCGCGUCUCCGUUCGAGCUCGAUCCGAGGCUCCCAUGAUUACAGACGGAUGCCAGUGGAGGAAAUACGGACAGAAGAUGGCCAAGGGAAACCCGUGCCCUCGAGCUUACUAUCGUUGCACCAUGGCUCUCGGUUGCCCCGUUCGCAAACAAGUUCAACGUUGUGCCGAAGAUCGAACGAUUCUGAUAACGACCUACGAGGGCAACCACAACCACCCGCUCCCGCCAGCUGCGAUGGCCAUGGCCUCAACCACCACGGCCGCGGUCAGCAUGUUGCUCUCGGGGUCAAUGUCGAGCGCGGACGGCAUCAUGAACCCGAACUUGCUGGCGAGGGCAAUCCUCCCUUGCUCGUCGAGCAUGGCCACGAUCUCGGCCUCGGCUCCGUUCCCAACGGUCACGCUGGACCUCACCCACUCCCCGAACCCAUUGCAAAUCCAAAGACCCCAAACCCAAUUCCAAGUCCCCUUCCCUGGCCAACCCCAAAAUUUCGGCUCGUUGCCUUCACAAUCACUUCCUCAAGCUUUUGGGCAAGCCCUCUACAAUCAAUCCAAGUUCUCCGGCCUCCAAUUGUCUCAAGAAAUGGCCAAUUCUUCCCAAUUAGGUCAACAAGUUGCCUCGCUGCCACAACACUUGCAACAAUCACAACAACAACAACCAUCUUCUUUGGCCGACACGCUCAGCGCUGCCACGGCCGCCAUCACCGCCGACCCCAACUUCACUGCAGCUCUCGCUGCCGCCAUCUCCUCCAUAAUCGGCGGUGCCCACCCCAAUAAUAGCACCACCACCACCACAACCAGUGCCGGCGCCGCCGCGACUGCUGGCAACAACAACAACACUAACACCAGCACAAGCAACAACAACAACAAGAUGAGCAGCUUCCCAGGAAAUUAGAGCUGGGUCCAUUUCCAUUUUCCUACUUACAAUUCCUUUGUUUUAGCUAAUGUCAAUCCUUUUUCUUUUUCCAACUUUCUUUUUUCCUUUCUUGGCCGGAUAAGUAUUAGAUUUACAUGUUCAUAGGUUUUGGUUCUUAUCAUGGGGGAGAAGUUACAACACACCAUCAUUCUUUCCAUUGUUUUAUGAGAAAUAAUCUGGAUUUCA